UAGCCACAUUGAUUCCAUAAAUACCAUGUUUCUACCCAACACUUUACUACACAUCAAUUAAGUGUUACCUAAAGACACUCACUCACUACCACAUAUUCAUAUUCCACACAAAAUCUCUUAGCACAAAGAGAGAAAAAAAACAACAUGGGAAAAGAUGUUGAGGUUCAAGAACAAGGUGCUGAAUUUUCAGCUAAGGAUUAUCAAGAUCCACCACCAGCACCUUUGUUUGAUUUAGAUGAAUUUACAAAGUGGUCUUUGUAUAGAGCUGUGAUAGCUGAAUUUGUAGCAACACUUCUCUUUCUUUAUAUCACUGUUUUAACCAUUAUUGGUUAUAGUAGACAAAGUGAUACUACUAUCAAAGGUAAUACUGAAUGUGAUGGUGUUGGUGUUUUGGGUAUUGCUUGGGCUUUUGGUGGUAUGAUCUUUAUUCUUGUUUACUGCACCGCCGGUAUCUCAGGAGGACACAUAAAUCCUGCUGUGACCUUUGGGCUAUUUGUGGGACGCAAGGUGUCUUUAAUAAGGGCAAUACUAUACAUAAUUGCACAAUGUUUAGGUGCAAUUUGUGGUGCUGGACUUGCAAAGGGUUUCCAAACAUCAUACUACAACAGGUACAAAGGAGGUGUUAAUUUGGUUUCUGAGGGUUAUAGCAAAGGCACUGCUUUAGGUGCUGAGAUUAUUGGUACCUUUGUUUUGGUCUACACUGUUUUCUCUGCCACUGACCCUAAGAGAAGUGCUAGGGAUUCUCAUGUUCCUGUUUUGGCACCACUUCCCAUUGGAUUUGCUGUGUUCAUGGUUCACUUGGCAACAAUCCCCGUUACCGGCACCGGCAUUAACCCCGCUAGGAGUUUCGGACCAGCCGUUAUCUUCAACAACGACAAAGCCUGGGAUGAUCAGUGGAUUUAUUGGGUUGGACCAUUUAUUGGUGCUGCAGUUGCUGCAAUCUACCACCAAUACAUUCUAAGAGGUUCAGCAAUUAAGGCUCUUGGAUCCUUUAGGAGCAAUGCUUAAUGAAUGAACAUGUUUGGUCUCAAUUAUUAUUAUGAGUUGUUGUUGUUGGUUCUUUUAAGAAUAACAGUACCAUAUUGAGUAGUUAAUUGAAGUCUGUCUACUGGUCCCUCAUCAAGCAUUGUCUUCUUGCUUUCAAUCCCAUGUUCUUGAUGGGCCUAUAUGGUUUUCAAUUUGGAUUUGGAUAAAGAAGCCAAAAUUGUAUGGGGUCCUCAAAAUUGUAGAUAAGCAUGCUUGUGUUUAUUUAAAGGGUGUAUUUGUAUCCCUUCCUUUUAUUUAUCUUGUCCUCUUUAAUUUAAUUUGUCAUCCAAGAACUCUUCAUGUAUUAAUCAUGUUUAAUUUAUGUGAUAUAUCAUGGUCUUUUAAUCA